GGCCAGCUGCGGCCAGGUGAGGGUCGACGACGUGGAGGGCCCGGACCUGAGGCUCCUGGUGGCCUACACGUAUACCCUGCAGGCCCCCCAGCUGCCAGACACGGCCCCCCAGCUGCUGGCGGCGGCCGAGAAAUACGGCUUGUCGGCCCUGAAGGCUGCCUGCGAGCGGCAGCUGAUAUCGCAGUUGGCCGUGGAGACCGCAGCGGCGACGGCCGUCAGGGCAGUGAGGCACUCGUGCCCGGACGCCACGAGGGCUGCCGUCGCCUUCAUAAAGGACCACCUGCAGGUGAUGGCCACGCGGGGCUGGGCGGACGCUGUGCUCGAGUAUCCGCAAGAAGUCAACGAAGUCAUCCGUCUACUCCGUGAGCCACCAGCAGAAGCCAGCUCGCCGACCGCCACAGGGGGCGGGUCCACCCCCAACUCUGACCGUCAACCCCACAGCGGCCACAGCCGGACUCCUGCUGCAGCUGCGCCUCCCACGUCUGCCCGACACACCCCUCCACCUGAGGACGCAGCCGUCUCUCGCUUCCGGAGCCUUCCUGAGGAGAAGCGAGGCGGGAGGCUGAUAAAGGCGGCUAAGAAAGGGGCGGUGAAGGAGGUGCGGCUGUUGCUGGCGCUGUCAGACAGGUAA